AUGUCGUCAACCCAUCAGCGCAAACGCAAACGCGCCGCAUCGGGGACUCCUUCCUCCUCGGCAACCACAGACAAAGUCAUCAACCCGCUUUCGCACACUCCGGACACGCUCAAGCAGUUCGCCCGGGCCGGCUACCCGGCUGACCUGCCACUCCCAUCCGAGGUCUACCCGGGCUUUCCGCACCGGGCGCCGGGCUACAACCAGGCGCGGCAGAACUGGCGGCACAAUUACGCCCGCAGCAGCAGUCCCCCUAUUACGGAAAAUGACAAAACCGAUGAAGAAGAAGAACCUAACAGGUCCUUCUCGGCAAGCGACGGCGACGAUGAAAUCACAGACGCGACAACCCAAGGCGCCACCGACGCCGACGUGACGACCACGGACGACGACGAUCUUUUCCCGUCCGGCAGCAGCAGCAGGGGCAAGGUCAGAGGCCGUGGUCCCAAGAAGAAGCGGGACAGUGUUGUUGUCGACCGCAAAGCGCAGGCGUACCACGCCCGCGUGGGCUGCCUCGUCGGCGUGGUCCGGCGGUGUCUGGCCGAGGGCGACAUCCCCACGGCCAAGCGGGCGUUUGGCCUGCUGGCGAGGGCUAAGGUGUACGGGCGCAAGGUGGAUCUGCGGUAUCAGGGGCUGUGGGAGAUGGGGGCGGAGAUUCUGAUGCGGGAGGGUGGGCUGGUUGGCAGGCAUGUGCAAGUGCAUGUGCAAGGCUCGGGAGGAGGAGGGUCCAGUGGGGAGGAGGGGGAGGGAGAUGGAGGGGAUCAGGGUGGGGAUGGGAAUGGGAACGAGGGGGGGGAGGAUGAAGAGGACGAGGAUGCUAAGCUCGCGCGGCAUGAGGAAAGUCUGGCUAGGCUAAAGGCCUACUACGAGUACCUCAUCCAGCAGUACCCCUUCAGCAAGCAGCACCCCAACAGCACGAAUAGUGUGCUGGACUUCCAGGCGGCGCUGUUUAGCGCUGAGAUGGAAUGGGCGUAUGCCGCGCACUGGAAGGGGCUGGCGAGGUUGGAAAGAGGGGAGGUUGGGGAUGACGAUGACGAGGGAGAAGCUUCGGAUGCAAUGCAUGCUGAUGAUGAGUUAAUGGAUUACGAAGUCGAGGAUGCAAAUGAAAUGGACGCGGGAAGGGAACGGGAAGGUGCGCUGUUGCAAAGUGACGACGGAAAAGACCAUCUCCGCGGUCUUAGUCGGCGGGAGAUCAGACGGCGCGAGGAGGAGGACAAGCUCCGGCUUGCCGCCAUGCAGCGCAUGACGGAUAUCGCGCAGCGGAUGGACACGGUCAUGGAGACGAUUCCUUUCUCGCGCGACCACGAACUGCUGAGACUGAGGGCAAUGGUGGCGCUGUACAUGGCGGACUUGUGCGUGCCGCCCGCCCCAAGGUCAAGGGCGCAGGAGAUAGAGAGCAGUGAGGCGCGGGCGGGGCAGCACAGGAAAGCCAGGGAAUUCUUGGAGAGGAUCAAGGAAGGAGGCGGCGAAUUGAAAGAGCACGACGAGCCGCUUCUGAAAUCUCUACAGUCGGAUGACGAAGAGGAAGAUGAGGACCAGAUGGGAUUACCAAUGUUCUCUUCACUGGGUGCAUAG